CAACUCCUUCACAGCAAUCUUGGAGCGAUACCCUGCACUUCUCCUCAACUGACGACCCUGCUGAGUGCAUCACAUACCUCUCCCCAUCUUGUCACGUGUGCUCGGUGCACAGUCCGCACGAUGAUGGCCAGCCGAGCGAUACAACGCCUCACCACCCUCUCCUCCCGCUCUCUGCGUCCCACAUGGCAGCAAGCCCCACGCACCUCCCACCCAACACGAACCUUUUGCGUCGGCGCGAGAGCAUUCGAGAAAAAGUACACCGAAGACCACGAGUGGAUUGAAAUUGGCAGCGACGGCAAGACAGGCACAAUCGGCAUCUCCACCUACGCCGCCAAAGCCCUCGGCGACGUCGUCUUCGUCGAACUCCCCACCGCCGAUCUCGAAGUGAGCAAAGGCGAAACGAUCGGCGCAGUCGAGUCCGUGAAAUCCGCUUCGGACAUCCUGAGUCCUGUGUCGGGCCGCAUUACCGAGGCCAACUCGGUGCUGGAGGAGAAGCCGGGGACGAUUAAUGCGAGUCCCGAGGGGGACGGGUGGUUGGCGCGGAUUGAGUUGAGCGAUGUGAGUGAGACGGAGGGGUUGAUGGAUUCGCAGGCUUAUACCAAGUUUACGGAGGAGGCGGAGGAGCAUUGAGUUGAUGGAGGGAGGGGU